UGGAAAGAAAAAGGUAAAAUCCAAGAAAUUCCCGCUAAAAUAGGAGAUUAUGAGUAUCUACAAGCUGGAUUUGAUAAUAUUACCCUGGAAGAAAUGCUCAAAGAUGUUUUUCUCAUCAAUCAAACUAAUGAACUGCUGAUCAAAAAAGAAAAAGAAGCUAAGUCUGAUUUAGAAAAAAAGAAAAAAGAAUUAGAAGAAAAGACUACUCUUCUAGAAAAAAAAGUUAUUGAGUUAGAACAAACUAAUCAAGA